AUGACUGAAAAGCGCAGUACAAAGCCUCUCGUCGCUUUCUUCGGAGGUCUAAAUGAGAAUUUGCCAGAAUUUAAAGAGUUCACGAAAACAUUUGAUGUCGUAUUCUAUGAGCUAGUCUCUAGAGAACAGUUUGUUUCUGAUCUGAAAACCAAAUUACACAAUAUCGAGGCAAUUUACGGUGCAUGGGCUCCCCUUGGGAAGAUUGGAAAUCUGGAUAAAGAGCUAGUGGCCAAGCUGCCCUCAUCGUUGAAAUUGAUCACCGUCUGUUCUGCAGGAUUUGGUGGAUUAGAUCUGGAAGCUUUACGUGAAAGAGGAAUCAAGUUUUGCAAUUCGCCAACUUAUGGUGCUCCUGCAGUGGCAGAAACUGUCCUAUACCAUGUCUUGAAUGGAUUUCGAAAGUUUGGCUUGUUUGAAGCCACUCUCCGCCAAAACCCGCAUACAAUCGAGGCCCGCUCGCUUUUGGGAAAUGUAAAGAAUUUCGACGCUGAGAGCGGGGUGUUUGUCCUUGACCACAGCAAGAAGUCGAAGUACUGUUUUGGACAUCAUGUGGGGACCAUUGAUGUCCACUCGCCCGUGGGGAAAACUGCAACCAUCGUAGGUUUUGGGGCAAUUGGUAAAGAAGUGGGGACGAGACUUUCCAGUCUAGGUAUGAACAUCAUUUAUAUCAAAAGGAACAAGCUUUCCCUUGAGGAGGAGGCUCAAUUGGGCUACAAAGUGCGCUACGCAGCCAGGAUUCAUGAUGUGGCAGCCGAAUCAGAUUGUAUAGUUCUUUGUCUUCCUGCGACUCCACAGUCGAUCAACAUGAUCAAUAAGGAUGUCAUUCAGUUGAUGAAGAAAGGUGUUAUUCUUGUUAAUGUUGGCCGUGGGUCCCUCAUCAAUGACAAAGAUAUGAUACAAGGACUGAAGGAUGGGCAUAUAGGAUUUGUGGGUUUGGACGUGUUCCCUGAAGAGCCGUUGGUUCACCAUUGUGAGAGACAAGAUAUGUCCUUGACUCCUCAUGUGGGAUCGGCAACGAGUGAAAAUUUCGAUCAGACAGCCAUUUUCUGCUUGAGAAACAUCACACAGUACUUGCUCCACGGUAAAAUAGAAAAUCUGCAAAACUAA